AUUUUUUUUUGAUGUUUUGUUUUUUAAGAUAAGGGUAAAAAAAAUUAAGAAAAAUAUCUUUAGCUAGAUAGGAGAUUGACUCAAAAAUAUCUCUGCCUAACAGUGGAAGUCACAGAGUUGUUGGUUUUUUGCCAUUCCCCAUCCUUGAGCCCUUCAGAAUGGGCCACAUACACAUACAUUAAUAUAAAGGGGAACACCUGUAUGUCUGAACCUGUAAACGGACUCUGCCUUAGUGUUCCUGCUCAGGGCCUCACUACUAAUAGCAGGUGCUCCUUUUUGAUGAUUUCUCUUCACUUUCUCUAGCAUCCUUGCUGUGCCUGGAGAGACAUAUUGGCCCAGCUCACUUUCCUAGCCCUUGGAUCCCUGAGUAACAGAAUCAGCCAGCUUGGAGCCCCUAGAGAGAUACUCACCCUUUUGGGAGUUGUCCUUGGGGAUGCUCUGUGGUCCUUGUGCAGGAAUGAGCUAUGCCUUCUGUGCCUGGAAAGAGUUAGUGUGGUUAGUUAGGGAGGAGGUCUAGCUGAUGGGAAAAUUUUGUUUGUUAUUUAAGAAAAAAGCCCAUUCUGAAUCAAUCCUCCCUUCUGCCUUGGGGCAUCUCCCUAGCAUUUCACUCCUGCCUAACUGCCAUUCACAACUGCCCUUUUCCAACUGCCACAGAACUCUUGUUUCUGGUAUUCUGUGAUGUAAAUUAUUCCAUGUACUGCUUGAAAUGGGUACAGAGCACUGUUGCCACGUGUGCGAGUGUUAGUUUGUCAUGGAUGAUGAUGAUGACUCGUGUCUCCUUGAUCUUAUUGGAGACCCACAGGCUUUGAACUAUUUUCUACAUGGACCUAGUAGCAAAUCUAGCUCUGACGACUUGACUAAUGCAGGAUAUUCUGCAGCCAACUCAAAUUCAAUUUUCGCCAACUCUAGCAACGCUGAUCCUAAGUCAUCCCUCAAAGGUGUGAGCAACCAGCUUGGAGAAGGAUCUAGUGAUGGACUCCCACUUUCAAGUAGCCUUCAGUUUCUUGAAGAUGAACUUGAAUCUUCUCCUCUUCCUGACCUCAGUGAGGACCAACCUUUUGACAUUCUCCAGAAGUCCUUGCAGGAGGCCAAUAUCACCGAACAGACUUUGGCAGAAGAGGCUUAUCUGGACGCCAGUAUAAGUUCUAGCCAACAGUUUGCACAAGCUCCACUUCAUCCUUCUUCCUCAGCAUCCUUUACUCAGGCUUCUAAUGUUUCUAAUUACUCAGGUCAGACGCUGCAGCCUAUAGGAGUGACUCACGUGCCUGUUGGAGCAUCAUUUGCAAGCAAUACAGUGGGUGUGCAGCAUGGCUUCAUGCAACAUGUGGGGAUCAGUGUGCCCAGCCAGCAUUUGUCCAACAGCAGUCAGAUCAGUGGUUCUGGUCAAAUACAGCUCAUUGGUUCAUUUAGCAAUCAGCCUUCCAUGAUGACCAUUAAUAACCUAGAUGGAUCUCAGAUCAUAUUGAAAGGCAGCGGGCAGCAAGCAUCCACAAAUAUGAGUAGUGGUCUCCUGGUUCACAGACAGACUCCUAAUGGCAACUCACUGUUUGGAAACUCCAGUUCAAGUCCCGUAGCACAGCCUGUAACCGUUCCAUUUAAUAGCACAAAUUUUCAGACAUCUUUACCCGUGCAUAACAUCAUUAUACAGAGGGGCCUUGCACCAAAUUCAAAUAAAGUCCCAAUUAAUAUCCAACCAAAGCCUAUUCAAAUGGGUCAGCAAAACACAUACAAUGUGAACAAUUUGGGAAUUCAGCAGCACCAUGUGCAACAAGGGAUUCCUUUUGCACCUGCAAAUUCACCCCAGGGCUCUGUAGUGGGUCCCCAUAUGUCUGUAAACAUUGUGAAUCAGCAGAACACAAGAAAAUCAGUUGCCUCACAAGCAGUGAACAGCACGGGGGGUAGUAUUGUCAUCCAUUCACCCAUGGCACAGCCUCAUGCACCCCAAAGUCAGUUCCUCAUUCCCACAAGCCUCUCUGUCAAUUCAAACUCCGUACACCAUGUCCAGACCAUCAAUGGGCAACUUCUUCAGACUCAACCUUCCCAGCUGGUGUCUGGUCAAGUGGCUUCUGAGCAUGUCAUGUUGAACAGGGGUUCUUCUAAUAUGCUCAGGACCAACCCAUCAUAUUCGGGGCAAAUGCUGAACAGCCAGAAUCCUGCCGUCCAACUCGUGUCUGGGCAGACAUUUACAACAUCUGGGAACCAAGUGAUAGUCAAUCACACACCUUCUCAGAUUGUUGGUGGACAGAUGCCCUUGCAGCAGGCAUCACCAACCGUGGUGCAUUUAUCUCCUGGCCAGAGCAGUGUGUCUCAAGGAAGGCCAGGCUUCCCAGGACAGUCUGCUGUCACUAGUGUGUCUGCUCCUGGUCGGUUCACGGUUGUCAGCUCCUCCAGCACAGCCCUUCCUAACCUGGGGCCCUCAGUCCAGUCAGCCACAUCUGCUACAAACUUUAACGGAGACCAGCUCCCCCAGCCCAACCGAACUCCUGGCUCAGCCAGUAUAUCUCAUCGUCUUCCAGUUUCCUCAUCCAAAUGUACUGGCACCUUCAGUAGCACCCCGGGAGCAGGGACCCAGCCCCAGGUUUCCUUUUGCCAGGCUCAGAAAAAAAGCUUGAACCAGACUUCCCCCGUUUCAACUUCCAAGACCCCAGAUGGCUUGAGGCAAACGCAAAUAACUGGUCUCUUGAGUAACCCAUUGCCAGGACAGGAUUCUGGGAGCAAAGUUAUACAACCACCCUUAGGAACACCACAACCGCAACAAGACAAAGGAAUGGGGUCAUCACCAGGACAACAAAAUAUUCAGGUGGAUAGUCAUACGAUGGGACAAAAGAGGCCUGCUGCAAAACAACUAACUAAAGGAGCUUUUAUUCUCCAGCAGUUACAAAAGGAUCAAGCCCAUGCUGUGACGCCAGAUAAAAGCCAGUUCAGGUCACUAAAUGAUGCGGUCCAGAGACUCCUUUCUUAUCAUGUGUGUCAGGGAUCCCUGCCAACUGAAGAGGAUUUGAAGAAAGUGGACAGUGAAUUUGAAUCCGUUGCCACUCAGCUACUCAAAAGGACUCAAGCUAUGCUUAACAAAUACAGAUGUCUGCUUAUAGAAGAUGCCAUGCGAAUAAAUCCUUCUGCCGAGAUGGUGAUGAUUGACAGGAUGUUUAAUCAAGAAGAAAGAGCUUCUCUGUCCCGAGAUAAACGCCUGGCCCUUGUAGAUCCUGAUGGUUAUCAGGCCGAUUUCUGUUGUUCCUCCAAACAACUAGAUAAAGCCACAGAAGAGACCCAUUUUGGCAGGAGUGACCAGCAUGGUGGCAAAGCAUCGAGCUCUCUGAACCUGGCAGCAGCCACCAAGGUCCAAAGCAGAGACCGAGCCAAACUAGGCAUGGCAGAACCAGCAAAUCCUGACCAGCCUCAUAUAGUGCCUAACCACAUUAUGGUCUCCCCAGGAGGAAAUAGUUCUAAGAAAACAGAAUGCCUUGGCAAAGGUCUGAAGUUUGACAAGGCAGGUACAGUCCAGUUUGGGAGCACAGCUGAAGAGAAGGUAGUCAGGAAAGACUCCGCCAGGGGAAGUGAAUACUCUCCGGGCUCCGAGGGGCCCCUGAAAACCUCAACCAGACUAGAUCAUGGUAUGGACAGCCAACGAUCAAGUAACACUGUUGAACCUCACUCAGAGGGGACAUGUAACAAUUCCCUUCAAGACAAAACCCUGAGGAAUUCUCCAAAGAAUGAGGUUCUACACACAGAUAUCAUGAAAGGGUCAGGUGAGCCCCAACCAGAUCUCCAACUCAGUAAGAGUUUGGAAACGACAUUCAAAAACAUCUUGGAACUCAAAAAAUCUGGGAGGCACCUCCAAACUGAUAUGGCCGGCAGUGGUUCCAUCGAGUUAGAUUUCCCCAACUUUUCCCCUAUGGCAUCGCCAGAAAACUGCCUGGAAAGGUUCAUGCCGGACCCCAGUGAAGGUGGUGUAGAAACUGACUCCAUUUUAGAAGCAGCUGUAAAUAGUAUCCUCGAGUGUUAAUAGAAACAGUCCCCUGGGCAAAUUAACGUUCUCUCCUAGCAAGAACGAAUGGAAAGCAUCCCCUAACUCCAGCCAGCCUGAUCUUUCAUCACAGGUCACCCUUUUAAACUCAAUCCUGUUCUGUGUUUGAGAGCAAUACUUGUUGUGGUUACAGGGAGAUAACCAGUAAAGCUCAUCUUUGUUAGAAAGCAGUCUCAUAGGCCCUUACACAUCUCAAGUGUCAGGAUAGUGCUUAUGGCCAGUUUUUUUUUGUUUUGUUUGUUUAAAGAAUAAACACUGUAACUCAAUGAGAUCACAGUCCACUAGGCCCAAAGUAAAAUGCUGACAAUCACACAUCAUAUGAAAAAAAAAAACUUAUAAAAAAAUCAAACAAGACCAAUAGAAGCUGCUUUUGUUUUUAGUCCCAUCCAUAUCUGUUUGAGUCCUUUGCUUUUGGGGGGAGGCAGGGUGGUAGAGAGAGGGCAACCCCACGGCCUCACUCCCAGAGGCCCUUUUGAAGCAAUAGAUCUCUGGCUGAGAAUCCCUGAGCUUUGUGGGGCAAAAGUCUGCACAGGAGCAGUAGGGCAUUGCAGGGCUCCCUCCAUCGUCGUCGUCGUCAUCGUCGUCAUCAUCGUCGUGGUCGUCGUCGUCGUCAUCAUCAUCAUCAUCAUCCAGCGCUUUUCUAGGGUGCCUGGAACAAAACUUCCUGCUUCAUGGUAUGUCUGUAGCUGGUGAAUUUCAUCUAAGUUACUUACACUCUGUCACAAUAGCAUGAUUUGACUGAAUAAUGUGAGGCUAAGUAGAGUGAAAAAUCUCUAAUUGGCAAAGUGUACAGGGGAGGGAGGCCAUGAUAGAGCCAUGAAUAUUAUAUAUGUGUAUAUAUUUAAAUGCAUAUAUAUGUUAACUAUUGAGAAAAAAGUUUUGCAUUUUAUAAUUGGAUAUAACCUAAAUCUUUAUGAUGUGGUAUGUUUUUGUUUGAGUUUUUUUAUUUUGUUUUUAAAACCAACCCUAUCCCUACCCUCCAUCCAUCCAAGUGUCAAAAUGCACUUUCAUUUGAAAACAGUGUUAUAAUUUUUUAGUUUAUAUUUUAAGGGGACUUUAGCCUUGUUUAUGAUUGUUGCUGUCAAAAAUUACUAGUUGCCCCUAGUAGCAAUUACAAUUACCAAAACACAAACAGACCAAAGUGAACCAGCUCAAUCCACUGUUGAAAGAUCUGAAAAAAUAAGUAAUUCCCAGUUAUAGAGCCAAAGGAUGCCCUUUGAUGGUUUGUACUUGGCCAGUGUUCAUGUUGAUGAUGAUAAGACUAUUCUUGCUUUAUUUAUUUUCUUCUUUCUCAGCUUGUUCAUUUUUCUCAUUUCCCUUCCCCAGAGCAUGCCACUUUUGUUAUUUUUGUCCUUGAUGCUAUUGUACCCAUCAGUUUUUCAACUGUUUUUGAAACAGCUGUAUGAAAAAAACUCACAUAUAUAUAAUAUACACACAUACACGCAUAUAUGUAUAUAUGCUUGUUCAAAACCAGAGACCUUUUAUGAUGACAGCAGUGUGCUCUCCCUUUUUUCUCCUCUUUCUUUCCUUCUUAAUGACUGUUUUCUCUCUUUACAUGCGCAUCCUCUAGCCUUCACUUUAUCAUUUGUUGCCAAGAUCCCAGACUUGCCCUUUGUUCUCACUAGGGCAGAGGCAGCCCAUUAUUCUCCUACUGGACAUUUAUCAUUUAGAGUGACCUGAAAGAGAAAGGAGGGCCUCUGACCAUGUUUAAAAAUGCUGCAGCCUGUACUUAAUGGGGAAGGGAGUAACUGCUUCUCUCCUCUUACCUUCUCCCCUCCUCUAUUUUAACUAGCCUGUGAUAAAGGUAGUGGGCCCCAUAGACUCAAUGGGCCAUUCUCCCCCUGCCCCCCAGCCACCUGCUACAUAACCAGAAAUUGGAAGAUCUAGGCUGUUUAGGGAUUGCCAUUUUUAAUAAUUUGUGCCAAUAUCCAGGAUGUGAAUUGUCACAGCUCAACAUUCCCCAGACCUCACCAAUGUAACAUAUUAGACUGAGUUGGUAUAUUGCCAGUUUGAAAUUUCUUUUGGGCACCAUUUCUCAAGAUCCCUAUCUCACAUCACUUCACUCCAAGCCUCCAACUUCUCCAGCUCCUCUUCUCUUAGGAAUUAGGCUACCUUAGUUUCCAGCAAGACUUUUAAUAAUGAGCUGGCAUAUCAGACUCCACUCUUUACUGUGGGGCCCAUAUGUAGAAGCCAGUAAAGCAGGCUUGCCAAAAGUUUCUAGGAAUCAGUAGCAUUCUUAAGAGUUAAGCAUUCUUAUGGGACUCUAAACCCAUGAACCACAACUUUCCUUCUCUUAAUCACAACCCUCAUGCCACCUUGACCCCAGCUGCUCCAUAUUUUUUCUUUUAUAGGGUUUAAGAGCCCUAAUAUUUGUCUAGCAGAUGGAGAGCUUAAUUUACCAAAAUGAAACUUGUAAAUUUUUGUGUCCUACGUGUAAGUUUACUUUUUAUGGACGAUGGAUUCUUGAUAAUGACGAAGAUUACAAAGUGUAUGUUACUCUUGUCGGAUUAGGUUAUACACACGCACACCCUACACUCUAUACAUUCACACACACAAACACACACACACACAUAUCACUCAGCCCUCAUGUGUUGAACACCCUCUGGAACAGGUUAAAUGAAACCUGCCUUGGAUGGCUAAUGUUGAGUUGUUCAGGUUCAUUAAUCUAACCUAAGUUUUAAGAUUACUUGUAUUCCGUAACAGAAAUCAUUUUCUUUUUGUUGUUGUUGUUGUUGUGGAAAAUGUGAAUUUGUUAUUAAGCAUUUGAUUUUCAAUGUCCCUUAAGUACUGCCUAAAGUUAAAGCAAAUUUUGAACUGGCAAUUACGAAAAAAAAUACUUUAACACUGAAGAAUUUAGUACAAUUUGUUAGAUUAGGGAGGCCUUACAGACUGACUUGACUUCAAGAGGAUGUAUCACUUAUUGUCAGUGUGGUAUGGACUUUAUUUGCUUAAAUACCUUCAUUUGUAUAGUAUGUCUCACUUGAAAUUGCUUUGUAUACAUUUUGUAAAAAUAUUUAUAAAAUGUUUUGUAAAAAAAAAAGUAUAACAAAUUGCAGUUUAUUUUGUUAUGUUGGAUAAAUACUGUUAAAAGAAACCAGUCAGUAACUAUAUUGUUAAUCCAUGGUUAGGAAAUGUUUAGUUGGAGAUUACAAAAAUGAACCAACCAUUGCAAUACAGCCAAAGAUUUGGGAAAAUGUGUAA